UUUCUUUUUCUCUUUUUUCUUUUCCUUUUUUUUUUUGAAAUCUCCUAGACCCUUCUUUCAAUCUAUCAUCCCGUUAAAAAAAAAACUUAGAUUUUUUUUUCCUAAUCUUUUAUGUUCUUAAGAGGGCAAAAACCCAAUUCAUUUCAAAUCUUUCAAAUCCUUGAAAGAAAAAGGAAAAGUCCCAUUAAAUUUCCUUAUUUUAAUUGUAAAAAUUGCUAUCUUUAAAAAAUAAAAAUAAAAAAUUUCCACACCUAAUCUAAUAAAAAAUAAGAAAAAAAAAAACCCAUUUUUUAAAACAUCAAGUCUGUAAAUUUCACAGAUAGGCUCUUGAAUGGCAUAAAAGAUAUUUUCUUUUUUAAUUGGGCUGUAAUGCGUCAAAAGACCCAUUUUAAAAGAACCACCUUUUUCAACCAAAAUCUCUCUGAUCAGAUAUCAUGCUUUAGUUUAAAAACAGGGGCUUUUUGAUGGAUAUAGGUAUGUGGGGUCUUGAUAAGAUGCCAUGCUGGUGAUUUUCACUCAAUUUUAAAAAAGAAAAGAAAAGAAAAGGAAAAAAAAAAAAAACCCACUUUUUCAAUCCCCUCUCUUUAGAUUUCAAGCUCUAAUGCAUCAAAAUGGGACGUCAGUGGCUUGAAAUCCAUGUCCUCCUAUUAGAUUUCAACCUCUAAUGCCUUCAAAGCAGCCUUUUGAAUGCUUCCAAAACAUAGGUUUUAUUCAGCUAUAUUAUCUUAGAAAAGCCAUUUAAAAAGAGAGGAAAAAAAACCACAUUUUACCAUCUCCUCUCAUUAGAUUUCAGGCUCUAAUGCCUCACAAAAGGCGCUUUCAAUGAUUCAAGAGAUGGGUUUUUGCUACCCAAUCUUCUUUUUGAAGACCCAAUACUGAAAACCCCAUUUCUCAUCUACUCAUCAGAUUUCAUUCUGUAGUGCCUUGAAAAGGCCUCUUCCAUUGCUUCAAAAACAUGGUCUUUUCCUAAGCUUGCAAUGCUCUCGAGAAACAGACCAUAAAUCUCCUCAAUUCCCUUCAUUUUCAACUUCUUCCCCCAAAAGAGAUGUUCGGAACCGAGGCGCGGAGAGAAAUCUCCCGCGAUUUCCAAUCCCAAAGCCCUUAUUGGAUGACCAAUUACAUAUCCAAAAAAGCCAACAUUUCUGUCAAAUUCCAAGACAUCUACGGUUUCACCGUCGAAGGGAAUGUCGACGACGUCAAUGUGUUGAAUGAGGUGAGAGAGCGGGUGCGGAGGCAGGCCCGGGUGUGGUGGUCCUUGGAAGCCAGCAAAGGCGUGGAUUGGUAUUUGGAGCCUAAAUUCUCUUCGCUUUCGGAGAGGAUUGUCGUCUCCAAGCUUAAGUUAUCUGUCGUUGCAAAUACAAUUACUCUGAAGAGGCUUAUCAGGAAGGGAAUUCCACCUGUUCUGAGGCCCAAGGUGUGGCUUUCCUUGUCCGGGGCUGCCAAGAAGCGGUCGACAGCACCAGAGAGCUACUAUGAUGAUUUGAUCAAGGCCGUUGAGGGGAAGGUCACGCCUGCAACCCGGCAGAUUGAUCAUGAUUUACCACGCACAUUCCCCGGUCAUCCUUAUCUGGAUACAGAGGAAGGCCAUGCUGCUUUACGGCGUGUCCUUGUUGGGUAUUCUUUUAGAGAUUCCCAUGUUGGGUAUUGUCAGGGUUUAAAUUUUGUGGCCGCACUAUUGUUGCUAGUGAUGAAAACAGAGGAAGAUGCGUUUUGGAUGCUUGCCGUCCUCCUUGAAAAUGUCUUAGUAAAUGAUUGCUACACCUAUAACCUAUCUGGAUGCCAUGUCGAGCAAAGAGUGUUCAAAGAUUUGCUUUCUCAAAAGUACCCCAGGAUUGCUGCCCAUUUGGAAGCAAUGGAGUUUGACGUUUCCCUUGUGACCACAGAGUGGUUCUUAUGCCUCUUUUCUAAGAGCUUGCCAUCAGAGACAACGAUGCGAGUGUGGGACAUUCUUUUCAAUGAGGGAGCGAAGGUUCUGUUUCAUGUAGCCUUGGCAAUCUUCAAGAUGAGGGAAGAGGAGUUGCUGAUGGCCCACCAACUCGGCGAUGUGAUCAGUAUCUUGCAAAGGACAACCCAUCAUCUAUUUGAUCCUGAUGAAUUGUUGACGGUUGCUUUCGAUCAGGUCGGUUUGCUGACGGACAAUACCAUCACAAAGCAACGGAAAAGGCUGGAACCGGCAGUCAUGGCUGAGCUCGAUGAAAGGGUGAGACGGCUCAAUUCUCCUAAAAUUGACGAUGAGUAAGCCAUCAGUGAUGGUGAUGCUGGGCCCAUGUCUGCCGUCCCUUUGGGAGACGCAUCAUGUAAUAGUUCCAUCGAGAAUUCAUCUUCUGGUGAGCCAUUAAAGGUAAAAAAGAAAAUUAUAAUACAACAUACAGUUCUUUCUGUGUAUUCUAACCUGGGCUUUGAAUGAACAUAUCAUGCCCUGUAAUUUUGGUUUUGGUUCUAAUGGCAAUGCCAUAUACCUCAA